AUGACUGACCAAGAUGCCGCGAUGGCCAAGGCUAUAAGCAUUGUUUUUCCCAAUGUUAUACAUCGUCUGUGUAUAUGGCACAUAGGGAAAAAUUCCAUCAACAAUAUAAAAGCAUUGAGGGGAAAGGCUGGAUUUGUGGAUCUAUUCAAUUAUGUGCUAAAACAUUGUGAGACCAAGAGUGAGUUCAAGCACUACUGGAGAAGUAUGAUUACCAAGUACAAGUGUGCUGCAUGUCCUUGGUUGAUUAAGUUGUACAAGUUAAGGAAGAUGUGGUGUCCAGUUUACUCCAAGGAUUACUUCUUAGGGGGGGUGCUGUCUUCUCAAAGAAGUGAGACUACAAACUAUUCCUUGAAUCAAAGGCUUCAUAGCAUGCAAGGCCUUUGCGAUUUCUACAAGGUUUUUAUAGAUGUUGUUGAGGAAUGGAGGGAUAGGGAGAAUGGUGAAGAUUACAAUGCACUUAAUGGCAACAAACAUCUAGCAUUUGUAGAUGUUAAGUUACUAAAUGAGGCGAAGAAGAUAUACAUUGUGGCUGUGUAUUUGACAUUCAAGGAAAAUUUCAUAAGAGGUGCGUCAUUUUGCCAGAAACUAGUCAAGUAUGAUCCCCCUUUCUUUGAAUACCAUGUGGGCCGCAUUGAGAAAGAAUAUCUAAUGCAUCUUGUUAGAUUUUACCAACAAAAUAUGACAAUUGAUUGCACAUGCAAGUAUUUCACUGAGAUGGGUUUAUUGUGUUCCCAUUCAUUGAGGAUUUUUCACAUACAUAAUGUUGAAAAAAUUCCCCAAAGAUACAUUUUGGGUAGAUGGGCAAAACAUGCUAUGUGUACAAGAGUUGAUGAUGACGUUGGGAAGGAUAUAAACAUUCUUCAAGCGUCGGUGUGGCAUGUUCAAACUACAAGGGAUGCUUUAUCCAUAAUCAAUUCAACUCAACAUGACAUAGCUGCUAGGAAGGUUGUGGAGAAUGAUUUAAGUGAUUUGAAGUCAAAGGUUGGGUUGCUUAUUGGGAAGGUUGAUGAAUCAAUCACAAUUGAUGACGUGCAAAAUUUGUUAUAUCCUGUUGUGAAAGAUCCACCUAAAAAGAGGAAGAAAGGAACUAGAAAUGUAAGGUUGAAAAGCACAGUGGCGAAGCAGGUGAACAGGGUAAGAGGGUGGAAGAAAACUGCUGAGAAAGCUGCAUUGAGGAACAAGGCAAAAGCGCAAAAAUCUGUCCAGGAAUACAUUGAUAUCCCUAAAGAAAGCACUGUAGCUCACUCAACACAGAACAAGUCUCUUCUUGAUGUGUAUGGCCCUGAUGAUUAUUUCCCUAUUAACCACAUCCCUGGGGAAGGUAGUAAAGUUGAGCAGCCGCAUCACAAAGCCGCUUUGGAAGUCUACCACGAAUAUUCUGAGAAGCUGUUCGGUAGUGAACAUGAAGGUAUUGAUAAUGUACAUGCUAAAGAUAUGGGUAAAGAAGUUUGUAUUUUGGCACCUAAUGUGAUGUAUAAAUGGUGA